ACCGGCAGACGGACCAUCCCCAAAUUCGGGGGGGAAAAAGGAAGAAAUAAAAGAAAAAGAAUCAUCAAUUCCAAAUUUCCAAUCCAAAUUUCUCCAGUCACCUGCUUCUUUGAAGUCGAAUUCUUUGAAGUCUCAUCGAAUUCGUCCUGUUUUCGCCAUUUUCAAUCCUUAAAAAACAGAUAUAUGAUAUUGAUUUAAGGCGUUGGAAUUGGUGCCUUAAUUGGCUAGGGCUUGUUGCUCCCGGAUCUGCAGGAAUUCAAUGGCGGAUCAGGAGGAGGAGGACCUCCGGACGGCUCUACGGAUGAGCAUGCAGCAGCACUCGCCGCCGGAACCCAAACGGAGCAAGCCCAGGGAUUCCCCACUCGGACCUCCGACUUGCUCAUCGGAGGAGUCUCCGGAAGUCAAGACCCGGCGGUUGCAGCGGGAGCUUAUGGCUGCUGCUGCUGAAAAGCGAAUGCUGGCUUCUAAGAGCUAUUCCCAAGCGGUUGGUUCUGCAUCAAAAUCGGGGAAGAAAGACAAGGAGUUUAGUGUGAAGGAUGUGAAUUUGGGGAAGGAAUUGUUGGAGAGUGAAGCCAACCAGUUGUUUUCAAUGGUGUUCGGGGACGGGGUUUCCAAGGAAAUACUUGCGCAAUGGAGUAAUCAGGGCAUAAGGUUUAGCCCCGAUCCAGAAACAGCAAUGGGCUUAGUGCAGCAUGAAGGUGGGCCCUGUGGCGUCUUAGCAACUAUUCAAGGCUUUGAUCAGAAGCAUGGGUGAGAUGUUGUUUCUAUGUGGAGCUAAUAGAAGUGCUGUCAUUGCAACUUUAGGUGUGUCCGGAAACUGUGUUGAAGAAUCUGGACACUGUUCAGGAAAUGAGAUCAUUUCGAAUGCACUUGAGGGUCUUUCAAUUGAAUCGGGCUCUGAUUUGCAGAGAGUUCUGAGAGUUACCUUGUGCACAUCACCAGAAAGUGCAUUACAGAGUCUUGGUGCAGCUCUUCCUGUCUUCCAGAGUCGUAUGGGCGCCUUGCUAUUCCUGAUUUCUGCUUUACUCUCUCGAGGACUGGAUAUGGUACAAGCUGACAGGGAUGAUCCAAGCCUUCCUCUCGUCACUGCUCCAUUUGGACAUGCCUCACAGGAGAUUGUGAACCUACUGCUUUGUGGACAAGCCGUCCCUAAUGUGUUUGAUGGAAGGAUGGACUUAGGUGGUGGGAUGUCCCUAAAAGGCAUAUCUAAAAGCGUGGAAGUUGGAUUCUUAACUCUUUUGGAAUCUCUCAAUUUCUGUAAAGUUGGCCAAUAUCUUAAAUGCCCAAAAUGGCCAAUAUGGGUGGUUGGGAGUGAGUCACACUACACAGUUCUCUUUGCUCUCGACACUUCUGUACAGGAUGAGAAUGAAUUGGAAGAAAGGGAGUCACAAAUACGGAAAGCUUUUGAUGCCCAAGACCAGAGUGGAGGUGGCGGUUUCAUCAGUGUCGAAGGCUUUCAUCAAGUUCUCAGGGAAGCAAAUAUAAAACUUCAACCUGAGAAACUUGAUAAUCUUUGCAGUACAGGAUUUAUAGUUUGGAGUGAGUUCUGGCAGGCAAUUCUGGACUUGGACAAAAACUUUGGAGGUCUGAAGGAUUCAACCGGAUUGAUGGGUAAGAAAGUGUUCGAUCUUUACCAUUUUAAUGGGAUUGCCAAGUCAGAUCUAAAUGGCAACCAAAUAGCCUGUGGAGGUGAGACUCCAGUACAAAGACCUAGGCUCACCAAAUUGAGGGUUUCAGUUCCACCACGGUGGACUCCAGAGGAAUUCAUGGCAGAUGUAGCUGUUUCAUCUGCUUCAGUAGGAAAUGAAUCCUCUGGUAAAGAUGUUGAGGUUUCUAAACCAGAACCAUCUCAACACGCCCCACUGGUCGAUUGCAUCAGAACGCGCUGGCCUCGGGCCAUUUGUAGUUGGGCUGGUGAUCCCCCUAGUAUAGUAUAAUAAUUUGUUUUAUUUGCUUCCCUUUGUGCACAAUGCAUGAAUGAUGCGGCAAAAAGACAGGGUUUGUCAUUUGAAAAGCACACAUAAUAGGUAUAAAAUGUAUUACUUAGAACCAUACUUUCAGGCUGUUUGUGCACGAGUUGUGUUAUGUUGUAGCUUUAAAACAUUCAAUUCGAUUUUGACGUGUUGGAUUACUUGAACAAAGACUUAUCUGGAAUUUGUCCUCAUAUGAUAUAAGAUCUCUCUCUGUGCUUUGGCUGUCAAUUGGAAAAGGUUCCCUGGACUCGGAAGGUCAGUACUAAGUGUCACCGCCAUUCUCGUCGUCGGUUGCAGCAAGUUUUCCUACCUCUGGAGGUGAAUCAGGUAAUUUUAUCAGAAAUUAUGGCUGCUUGCUUAUCAAUUCAAUACUGUAACUGCCUUUGUAUAGUGAUGCUGGUCCUCACUCCCACCUCAUCUUCUAGGUUCCAAGUUCUUAUUGUGUAGACAAGUAACAUUUAGUUUGUGUUCAAAUUCAUUCAUAUGGUAACAUUUUAUGUUUAAGUUUU